AAUGCCUUUCCCGCCUCGCUUCCUGAACGCUCUCACAGCGGCCCGGCGGCAGCUUGGGGCAAGCGGAGCACGCCGCAGGAAUCAGGAUGCAGGCCAAGUACAGCAGCACCAGGGACAUGCUGGAUGAUGACUGGGACGCCACCAUGAGCCUGCAUUCUCAAGCCCCUGCUACACCCCGACGGCCAGAGCCCAGGCAGGCAGAGCCCAAGACUCCCUCCUCAGCCUGGCGUCCAGUGGCCCUGACCCUGCUGACUUUGUGUUUGGUGCUAGUGAUUGGCCUGGCAGCCCUGGGCCUUGUGUUUUUUCAGUACUACCAGCUCUCUAACAGUCAACAAGACAGCAUCUCUCACAAGGAGGAAAGACUGGGGAACUUCUCAAAAGAGGUGCAAUCUCUCCAAGCCCAAAACAGGAAGCUUGCAGAAACCCUGCUGCAUGUGGCUGUAAAACUAUGUCGUGAACUCUAUAACAAAACUGCAGGACACCAGUGCAGCCCUUGCCCGGAAAAAUGGAAGUGGCAUGGAGACAGGUGCUAUCAGUUCUACAAGGAGAGCAGAAGCUGGCAGGGAUGCGAAUAUUUCUGCUUUUCUGAGAACUCUACCAUGCUGAAGAUAAACACACAAGAAGUGCUGGAAUUUGCCAUGCCUCAGAGCCACUCUGAGUUUUUCUACUCUUAUUGGACAGGGCUCUCUCGCAACAGCAGUGGCAAGACGUGGCUGUGGACCGAUGGAGCACCUUUCAACUUCGAACUGUUUGAAAUUGUAGUGGACGUCACCAGCCUAAGGAGCAGGGACUGUGUGACCAUCCUCAACGGGAGGGCUUUCUCGAAGGACUGCAGGGAGCUGAGGCGUUGUGCGUGCGAGAGGACAGCGGGGACAGUGAGGCCAGAGAAGCUCCUGUAGAACUCCUGAAUCAUCUGAUGGACUUGAUGCUCUCCCCAGCCACAAGCACCAGCAACAGAGAUGAGCCAAGCAAAGCCAAUGCAAGCAAGCUUGGAGGCAUCGGCAAAUAGAAAAUAACCAGGAAAAUCAGCCCUUCUGCCCAACCCAAGAAGGCUUCUCAGGUUUUCUGCUCGGAGUCACUGGCAUUUCUGAGCGUGGGUCUACACCCGUGUUUACCAGUCACAAGACUGCUCAUGAAAGGCGCCCAGACCUGGAAACCCAUAAAGCUGUCAUUGGCUUCUCAGAGAUAACGUUCUCACUUUCUUCCUCUGCAUUUCUUAUCUCCCUACUUCCAGGGAGAAGUGAGAGGAAAGUUCACAAAGUAGAGGAGUCCAAUGGAGAUAACAUUGUUUGCCACAGCAGCCAAGCAGCCCAUAAGGAAUUAGCAUCUAUUCCUUAUUGUGUGCUGCCAGAGACACAGCUCAUUGUGUGUGUGUGUGUGUGUUUCAGUUCAUCCUUUUCCUUUCCACAUCACUCAAUAAAAACUCCCUCUGCCAUGUCAACGGUCUACUUUCAAACUGGGAUAAUUCUCCUUAUGAAGAAUACCUGCCCUGUCCAUCAAGCUUCCAACAAUCGCCUCCUCUGCCUAGGAAUUUUUCCCAGAAAGGAAAUAUUAUCCACUCAAAUCCGUAUCAGAAUCAGAGCUCCUAGUGUUCUCUUUGGAGAGAUCGAAAAAUGGGGAGGGGACGGGGAAGUGGUCAAUCAUUUUGUGUGCACCAGUGAUUGCUUGGUCUUGGUUCCCAUUUCCUUCUGUGUCAUCAGUGUUCCUAUCUUUCAGGUACUGAAGAUUUAAUAAUAAUAAAUGUAAAU